AUAUAUAUAUCUGUUUUCUCUAUUAAUAUACAUAGUAUAAACAAUAAUAUCUAAUAGUAUUUUUCAAUAUAAAUCAUGAAUAAGUUUUAUAAAGAAAUAUAUGUUUGAUUAGUUCUGUGAUACUAUGAAUAUUUUGAAGAAAUAUGAUUUUUUCAACUGGACAUAGAUGACAAUCGUGAUUGUCAUUAUAUACUUGUAAAUUAUUUGUAAUACACGUGAAUAUAAUGUUAUUGUACACAUGAUCAUAUUUAAUGUUAGAAUCUCUAUUAAGUGAUAUCAAGUACAUGCAAGUAUUACGCAUAACAUUUCUGCGAUACUGGCAUUUGAAUAAUUAUGAACAAAACUUUAUAUCGGUAUAAAUUCAGAAUGCUGGGAAAAAAUUCAAACUCCGUUGUCAAUAUUCCAUCUUGUCAUCAAGAUGGAUCAGGAAGGGAAGUUUGUCACUGGAUUGCUCAGAUUAAACUAUCUAGAAUUAUAAUAUUAGCUUGUACUAUUCUUUUUAUUGUACCAUUACUCACACAUUAUUAUUUAUCAGAGGUAGAAUCUGUUUCUCCGGAUAUAGAUAUUUAUCGCACUUAUUCAACAUUAGAAGUUUUUGAAGAAUUUACUUCUAUGAAGGCAUCAGAAUUAAAGAUGAGAAUAGAAGAAAUGUUACGUAUUAAGGUAUCAGUAACUAAUGAACUCAGAGAUUUGGGUGCCAAAAGACAUAAACUUCAGGUUGAAUUUACCGGCUUGACUCAAAAAAUAGAGAGCUUGAAGCAAGAAUUAUUACAUCAACAGAGAGAUCUUGAUAGACUGAAGAUUAGCGUAGAACAAGCACAAGUAGCAAAAAGAGAAGCAGUCGAAAGAAAUACACCAGAAUUAGCACCACCUAAAAGAAUAUUAGCAAAUGUUAUUCCUGAAACUUUAGCAAGUACUGAUCCAAGUCCAUGUAGAAUGUACAAUUGUUUUGAUCAUAGUCGAUGUGUAUUGACAAGUGGUUUUCCAGUAUAUUUAUAUGAUCCAGAUCAAUUCUCUGUAGUCAAUACAGGAUGGGACGUGGAUGGUUUUCUAAAAACUACCAUUAAACAGACUUUAGGUUACAAUCCUCAUCUUACAAGAAAUCCUGCAGAAGCAUGCAUUUAUGUGGUUUUAAUUGGAGAAGCAUUGUCAAUACAACAACAAGGUUAUCCAAAAUUCUGGACAGCUUUGGACGUUAAUAAAUUACAAGAUCUUCCAUACUGGGGAGGGGAUGGUAGAAACCAUAUAUUGUUAAAUCUUGCACGUAGAGAUUUGUCGGUUAAUUCUGGAAGCAUUUCUGUUAAACAGAAUACUAGCAGAGCCAUAAUAGUGCAAUCAACUUUUUAUAGAAAUCAAUUCCGCGAAGGUUUUGAUUUAAUUAUACCUCCAAUUUUGGGCCCACCUGGUGGUGACGUUUGGCAAGAUUGCGCGCAGAUGUUACCUGCAAGAAGAAAAUAUUUAUUAUCAUUUCAAGGAGAGAUGAAAGGUUCCAAGGGUCCUUCUACAUUAUAUCCAAAUAAUGAUACAGAAGUAGACUUGGAAAAAUUAAAUAUGGAUGAAAAUAAUUUAGAUGCUUUUAUCAUGCAACAUUUAAAUGAUAUGAAUAGUGGGACUACUCUAGAUAAAUUUUUCAUCCAAUUUGAAUGUAUACCAGCAUCAGAAGAAAGAAAAGCUGUUGAAGUACUUGAUUGGUCUCUUUGUGGGACUGAUUCUUCAAGAAGAUCUAUAUUAAAGGAAUCUACCUUUGCUUUGAUUUUAGCACCAAGUAAUGCUGCUUUGAUAACUACAUCGUCUAUACAGGCACGAUUAUAUGAAGCUUUAAGAUCUGGAGCAAUACCAGUUAUUCUAGGUGGUGAUCAAAUUUUAUUGAGUUAUAACGAAGUAAUAGCUUGGCGUAAAGCAGCGAUCUUUUUACCCAAAGUUAGAGUAACAGAAAUGCAUUUUUUAUUGCGCGCUGUACCAGACAGCGAUCUUUUGGCGAUGCGCAGACAGGGCAGACUAAUAUGGGAACAUUAUUUAAGCACUGCUCAAGGUGUAGUAGAUUCUAUUAUCGCAACUAUUAGAGAUAGACUUGGUAUACCUCCAUUACCUGCACCACAAGCUGCUAGUCCAAGUGUCUUUAAUGAAAGCUUUGUGCCUUUAAAAGCUGAUACUAUAAUAGCUGAACCUGAAGCAGAAGAAAGUUUGGGUCCUUUAGAACCACCUUAUGCAUCACCUUCCUUUAAAAGAAAUUAUACUACCAUGUUAAUUCAGGGCCAUGAAAUUUGGAAUGAUUGGAUGAAUCCAUUCAAUCUUUAUCCACAAUUACCAUUCGACACAAUUCUACCGAGCGAUGCAAAGUUUCUGGGAUCUGAAAUGGGAUUUAGACCAAUUGGCAAAGGUUCUGGAGGUGCAGGUAAAGAAUUUAGCGAAGCUUUAGGUGGAAAUUAUCCUAGGGAACAAUUUACAAUAGUUAUGCUCACUUACGAACGAGAACAAGUUCUUAUUAAUUCAUUAGCGAGACUUUAUGGGUUGCCGUAUUUGAACAAAGUCCUUGUUGUAUGGAAUAGCCCAAAACCACCUGUAGAAGAUUUAAAAUGGCCGGAUAUUGGAGUUCCUAUACAUGUAAUUAAAGCUUCAAGGAAUAGUUUAAACAAUAGAUUUCUUCCAUUCGAUGCCAUAGAAACUGAAGCUGUAUUGUCUAUAGACGACGACGCUCAUCUCAGACACGACGAGAUUAUGUUUGGUUUUAGGGUGUGGAGAGAACACCGGGAUCGCGUUGUAGGAUUUCCUGGUCGAUUUCAUGCAUGGGAUCCAAAUUUUCAUAAUUCGUGGAAUUAUAAUUCAAAUUAUUCCUGUGAAUUGUCAAUGGUUUUAACUGGUGCUGCUUUUAUACAUAAACAUUAUACAUAUUUAUACACAUACUGGUUGCCACAAGCUAUACGAGAUAAAGUCGACGAAUAUAUGAACUGCGAAGACAUAGCCAUGAACUUUUUAAUAUCACAUGUCACUAGAAAACCACCCGUUAAAGUAACAUCCCGAUGGACAUUCAGAUGUCCUGGCUGUCCUGUUUCAUUAUCAGAGGACGAUACUCACUUUCAAGAAAGACACAGGUGUAUUAAUUUCUUUUCUCAGGUAUUUGGAUAUAUGCCACUUUUAAAUACGCAAUAUCGUGCAGAUUCGAUAUUAUUUAAAACGAGAAUACCUCACGACAAACAGAAAUGUUUUAAAUUUAUAUAGGCUUUCGAAAAUAUCUAGAUAAAAAUACAAAAGACCCCGUGUGUGUAUAAACAUCCAUAGUUAUAUAUUAUUAUAAAUUAAGUACAUUAAUGCGUUUGAAUCGUAUUAUUUUACAUACUUUUUUUUUUUUAUUUUUUCUUUAGUAUAUAUGUCGUAUGUGAGAAGAAGGAAAUAGUAAUUUCUUUCGACUGUUUCUUCCUCUUUAAUCGGUAGAACCAUUAUCUAGAGUAUUCUUUUUUAAUAUCUCAUAUAUGGUAAUGUCGAUUGUAUUCGUAAAAAUUUUGAUCAUAUCAAAUUUCGAUUGAUAUUGUUUUUAAGCGAAUUUAUUAUUGCCCAUAUUUGGCAGAGAAAUUUUAAUGAACAAUUUAAUGAUAAAUUAUUGAACGUUUUAUGAAAUCUUUUUAUCGUAGCAUAUAAUGCAUAUUAUAUAGGCAUUAUUAUAGCAAUAAUAUUUUCUUCUUCUUUUCUUUUUUUUUAUCAUAAGCGACAUGACGAUGGUACCUGCAUUUAUUACACACACUGUAAAGGGUGUGUAUUGAUUUUUGACAAAAGUUGCAUCAUUUUUCAUUUAUAUAAAUAUUAAAGUACUGAACACAUUUUUACUUGUAAUUUAAAAUAUGUCACACACACAUAUACACACAUAUAUAUGUAUGUAUAUAUAUAUAUAUAUAUAUAUAUAUAUAUAUAUAUAUACACAUAUAUACAUGCAUACAGAGUUGGUAUAAAUAUAUUUCGCGCAAAUAACGCGUGAUCAUCCAUGUAAUCAGAAUACAUUAAGCAAAACCUACCCCAUAAAGUAUGUGUGAUGUGAAACAGUAAUAAUUUUAAAACGUGACACGCACAUGUACACAUACACACACAUACAUUUUGUAUUUUAUUAUUAUUUAAAAAGUAUACACAAUUGAUAAAGAGAUACCUCUAAAGAAAUGCAAGUGCAAUUAAUUAUAUAUAAUUCUGAGAGACUAUCAAUAUUAUCCAAGGAAGAAUUUUAACGAUUAUAAUCAAAACAAUGUCUUCAAUUAAUACGUUCACAUUUAUUUACAUAUCGAGGAACAUAAUAGGAAUAAAUGAACACCGUAUGCAUUUAUCAUAAGUUAUGUCAUAAAUUUGACAUUAUAUAGAAAACGAUGAAAACGACCAAAAAAAUCGAUAAAAUUCAAUAUAAUGUGCGUAGGAAGGAACAUUAUAAAUUGAAUAAGUUGUUCUUUGUAAGACUGCAUGUAAAAAUAGAUGUUUAUGGAUAUAAAUUUAUGCUGUAAAUUAAAUUUUAAUACGAAUUUAUUCGUUUACUUCGUAAUGGCGUUAAUUAAAAAAAAAGAAAAAGAAAAAAAAAGAUAAAAAAAAAAGGAGAAACACAUAAACACAUUCGAGAAAAUGUAUUCCUUUCGCGAGUGAUAACAUUGGAAGAAGUAAAAAAGAGAAAAGGAAGGGAAUAUUUUGUAAAUGAAAUUUGAGUAAAAAGGACGUUUUCGAAUUUGCCGCCAGAAUAUAGGAAUGAGAAUAGCGCCACCAGGAGCGGUUCGUUCGAUUGGCUAACGAAUCGAUCAAUAAUGGCGUGUAGAGCCGCGACGUAAGACCGAUCUCUUUUUGCGAUUGGCGCGUACCUUACACCGCAUCCCGCAUUAUUUAUUAAAAUCUAGCCUGACUCA